UUGAAUGCGCAUUUAAACAGUAGUUGAAUAUGGGAUUUAAUAAGUCUAGGUUUUAAUUGGUAAAUCAGCAACAUGGCUUUUACAUGUAUUGACAUGACAGGAUCUGAUCAUGUUGUAGAAUACAUGUGUUCUUCUUGCGAAGAAGAAGGUAUAUCUCAAGAAGCGGCAAGUUUCUGCAAGCUGUGCUCUAAGUUCUAUUGUUGCCAAUGUGUACUAAUCCAUGGAAAAUUGUUUAAAAAGCAUGAAACGUUUGGACGGGAAGAACUUAACCAAUGGCCUGUUUCGAAAGUAACCCAUGACGUUUUAGAAAAUUGCAGGGAACACAGAAAUGAAAACUUGAAAUUUUAUUGCGAGAACCACUGUGUGAUGUGUUGUAAUUCGUGCGUCGUGUUUAAUCAUAGGCAAUGCGCUUGUGUGGUGCCUAUCGUUGAAUCACAUGAAGAAGAAAUAACAGACGAUUUGCAACAACUUCAAGAAAGGUUUGACACUAUUCUUGAAGAACUGAAUCAGUUGCAGAGCAAUCAAGAAAGCACUAUCCUAGUUUUGCUUGAAUCAUACAAUGAAAGUUUGCAAGAAAUUAAAAAAACGAGACACACAAAUAAUUAUAUUUUAAAUAAACUUGAAAAGGAGACAGUAGAAAAACUGGACGGUAUACUGAACAUUUUAAAUACACCUCUCAGAAAUGACGUUGAAAACGCCAAAAGACUCAGUUCAAACCUGAGAGACCUCGGAAAAGCAAUUCAAGAAAUGAUGACAAAGGGGAAAGAACUUUCAUUCACAGCUUUUAAGAAUUGUAUGGUCAGCAAACUUGAAUGUGAAAAGUAUAUAAACGAUCAUUCUAGAAUAAAGGAAAUUAAAAUUUCUUUUAAAACAAACACAUCGAUUGAGAGUUACUUAUCCCAACGACAGGACCUUGGUAUGAUUCUUUAUAGUAAUCAAGUUAAGGAAAACGAAGAAAUACGUUUUGUAGGCGAGGCUAUGUACCAUGUGAGAAAAAACAAUGAUAAAAAGACUGAAAUCCGAGGAAUGUGUUUCCACGAUGGAUUAGUAUUCAUGACUGAUUAUAACAACAAGAAUGUAAAGAUAUUAGACAAUGACUUCUCUGUGCUGAGUCAAAUUAAUCUGGAUUUUCAUCCAUUUGGUAUAUGCUAUUUUUCGCCUAAUGGUCGAAUAGCCAUAUCCGGGAAAGGCCAAAUUCAGUGUAUGUAUAACCUAAAAGAAAGAAAUCUAACCUUUAACAAACUCAGCUUUCAAUUUCAAUUUCAAUUUUCACAUGAUUGUUGUGGAAUGGCGAUAAGCAACGACGACAUGUACAUCACAUCUGGGUCAGCAUUGUACCACUACACUCUGGAUGGAAAACCAGUGAAGAACUUGUAUGAAGAUUCGGGAGUUUACAAUUGCGCAGUUAACCAAAGUGGCGACAAGAUAUUUGUAACGAACUCUUUGAGCGAGCUACUCACGCUGUCUAGGGACGGUACUAUAUUAUCCAUCUUCACGGAUCGACUCUUACAAAGGCCGACCGCAGUACAUGUAACAGAAAACGGACAAGUGCUGGUAUGUGGGAAAAACAAUAUCAUACAGGUGGACAGUGAAGGGAAGAAAAAGAUUACUGCUCUAGCAAUACCAAAUUUGGACAAUCCAUUGUCAAUGUGCAGCUUAGGGAAGUCCGUCAUUGUUGGAUCGAGUAACAUUCUUGUACUAAAAAUAGAGUAAUGUCAGUGUAUGCUAGUGACACAGUGAAUAUGAUUUUGUGCAUAUCACCUUUCCAAAAUACAAAUUAACUAAGCGAUUAUGUAAGUAAAGUGUUAAUUUUCAGACAAAUCAUUCUUCGAUAUAAUGAAAAAAAAAUAUUAUAUUAUAAUUAUGCCUUUAAGUUUCUCGGAUAACACUUGCCUGGUAAAUCGUCGCUGGUGGUACGGUCAUGAAUUUUGAAAUUGCACGCUUAUAAUAACCAGACAUAAUUCGGAUUGCAAAUAUGUAUUUCUUUUGUAUGGUGCGUUGUUUUUUUCUUUUCACGAAAAGUUGUU